CUGACAAGUAAUUAUCUCAUUGCAAGUGGCAUAAUUGGACGUUGAUUACAGUUUAUUUGAUAACAAUGUUCAAUGGAUGGUAGGGAAUGUCGAUCGUUAUCGCAAGGGCUAUGCGGGUUUUAUAUUGCAAGAGAAGAGACGCUUGGGGCGCCUCUAUGAAAAUACUGGGGUUUGAUUGGUAGACAGACGAAGCGUUGCGCUUGACAACCGAAGGGGCUGGGUAGCAGGCGACUACCAGCAGCAGAAAUCGAUCCGAGAAGACAACAGAAAGGGAGAGACAAACAACAAAAGAGACUGACGAACAAAACGAAGAAGAAUCGCUCGGACAGCUACGAUUUUCAACAACAGAAACUAAUCUAAGGAGCGUGUCUUUUCAGCCCAUGCAUUUUUAGACCAAGCCUGUCGUCACUAUGACAGCGGAGGAGAUCAUCAAUGUGAAGGAGGUGGAGAUCAUCAAGGUGAUCCUAGACUUCCUCAACUCUAGGAAGCUCCACAUUAGCAUGCUGGCCCUGGAGAAGGAGAGUGGAGUCAUCAACGGACUCUACUCUGACGACAUGCUCUUCCUCAGGCAACUGGUGCUAGAUGGGCAGUGGGACGAGGUGCUUCAGUUUAUUCAGCCGCUGGACUGCAUGGACAAGUUUGACAGGAAAAGGUUCCGUUACAUCGUCCUGAAGCAGAAGUUUUUAGAGGCCCUGUGUGUGAACAACGCCAUGUCUGCUGAGGACGAGCCACAGCAUUUGGAGUUCACCAUGCAGGAGUCGGUGAAGUGUCUUCAUGCCCUGGAGGAGUUCUGUCCAUCUAAAGAUGACUACAGCAAGCUAUGUCUGCUCCUCACUCUGCCUCGUCUCACCAACCACGCUGAGUUCAAGGACUGGAACCCCAGCACGGCACGGGUGCACUGUUUUGAGGAGGCGUGCACCAUGGUGGCAGAGUUCAUCCCUGCAGACAGGAAGCUGAGUGAGGCGGGGUUCACUGCCUCAGGGAACCGCCUCUUCCAGCUCCUCAUUAAAGGAGUUCUGUAUGAGUGCUGCGUAGAGUUCUGUCAGAGCAAGGCGACAGGCGAGGAGAUCACGGAGGGCGAGGUGCUCCUAGGGGUGGACAUGCUGUGUGGGAACGGCUGUGACGACCUGGACCUGUCCUUACUGUCCUGGAUGCAGAACCUGUCCCACAGUGUCUUUUCCUGUGCCUUCGAGCAGAAGUUGCUUCAGAUCCAUGUGGACCGCCUGGCCAAGCCUGCCAAGGCCAGCUACGCAGACCUCCUCACCCCUCUCAUCAGCAAACUAUCCCCCUACCCCUCCUCGCCCCUCCGCCGCCCCCAGUCCGCAGACACCUACAUGUCUCGGUCUCUGAACCCGGCCCUGGAUGGCCUGUCAUAUGGGCUGUCUGGCCAGGAGAAGAGGGGCCCAGGGGGGGACACGGCAGGGAGGAAGGGGAUGUCCCCCAUGUCUCAUUCCUUCGCUAACUUCCACACGGGGGGUCAGAGUCUGAGCAGGAGUCUGAUGCUGGACAGCUAUGACUGCCACAGCAUCUUUGAGGAGUCUCCUGAGAGCUCCAGGACGGACACGCCCGUGGAUAAGAUGAUGAGUUCAGGCACCCUGCGCCCCGACUCCGCCCCUGGAGAGGACGCCCCGUCACCAGGCUCUGCAGAGAGGAACGAGUUGCGUGACUCGACAGAGAAGUUUGAAGAGUUCUACCGCCAGCGUUUGAGGGUCCAGCAGCACCUGGAACAGAAGCAGCAGCAGAGACAACUCUACCAGCAGAUGCUGCUGGAGGGAGGGGUACAACACAGUGACCAGCCAGCCCCCGGGACAGACGCCAUGCAGCACAGCCUCACUGAGAAGUUCCUCAACAGGUCUAUUCAGAAGCUGGAGGAGUUGAAUUUAGGGAUGGAGAGUCUAGGGGAGGAGGUCCAGUCUCUGUCCCAGCAGUGUAACGGCACGGGCCCCACCCCCGAGAACAACAACAACGGUGACCCCGCAGGCCUGACCCCUGACCCCACUGUGACCCUGACCCCCGAGCAGGGCCGCCCUCAGGGAGGAGGGGUGGUCAGCAGCACCCCACAACGCACUGCAGGGGGACGGGAGGUGCCCCCACCUAAUGAAUCCCCCGUGGUCUCCCAGAGUCCCGAGAAAGUAGCUGGACAGACCUCUGGAUUAGAUGACUCGCCAGGAGCCCUCACCCGGAGUAAAGAGGGGGACAAGGCCAAGCCCCUGUUUGUAGCUGUGAAUACCCUGGAAGACACUCAGGCAGUGCGCGCUGUAGCCUUCCACCCCACGGGAGCGCUAUACGCCGUGGGCUCCAACUCUAAGACGCUACGCGUGUGUGCCUAUCCAAACGCACCACUGGACACCAGUGGGGUAUCAGGUAUGACCAAGCAGCCGGAGGUUCGUUUUAAGAGGAAUAAGCACCAUAAGGGUUCUAUCUACUGUGUGGCCUGGAGUCACUGUGGACAGCUGCUAGCCACUGGCUCCAACGACAAAUAUGUCAAAGUCCUGCCCUUUAGCUCAGAGACCUGCAACGCCACAGGUCCAGACCUGGAGUUCAGUAUGCACGACGGUACCAUCAGAGACCUGGCGUUCAUGGAGGGACCAGAAAGUGGAGGCGCCAUUCUGAUCAGCGCCGGAGCUGGAGACUGUAACAUCUACACCACUGACUGUCAGAGAGGACAGGGCUUACACGCUCUCAGUGGACACACAGGUCAUAUCCUGUCUCUGUAUACGUGGGGAGGGUGGAUGAUAGCGUCAGGCUCUCAGGACAAGACUGUGAGGUUCUGGGACCUGAGAGUACCGAGCUGCGUUAGAGUGGUGGGCACUGCCUUUCAUGGAUCAGGCAGUCCUGUUGCCUCGGUAGCGGUGGACCCUAGUGGUCGUCUCCUAGCGACGGGCCAGGAGGACAGCGGCUGUAUGCUUUAUGACAUCAGAGGGGGACGCAUGGUGCAGACAUACCGGCCCCACUCCAGUGAUGUGCGCUCCGUUAGGUUCUCCCCCGGGGCACACUACCUGCUCACUGGUUCCUACGACACCAAGGUCAUGAUCAGCAACCUGCAAGGUGACUUGACGAAGCCGUUGCCCCUGACUCUGGUAGGGGAGCACGGUGACAAGGUGAUUCAGUGCAGGUGGCACACACACGACCUGUCCUUCCUCUCCUCCUCCGCUGACCGUACCGUCACACUCUGGACACACAACCCCUAACACACACACACAACCUGUCCCUCCUCUGCUGACCGUACCGUCACAUACACACUCAACCCAACCCCUAGUACACACACAGUGAACAUGAAUAACCUAUAAUACACAACCUGGAUGCACCCUACACUCCCUCACCAGUUGCAAUCAACAGGACAGUUUAUCCCUCUGGAGUGAAGUCUGAGUAUCAAGGUUUGAUCUCAUGCUCAGCUCCCCUCACAUCACUGCUUCUGGGAACAACUGUCACUCUGGCAACUGCAUCCUGUACUUAGUGGUUCAACAGGUGUGUCUGGGGGGGUGGGGUACAAUGAGGGAAGUGUACCAACUGGAGAUGUUUUGCUGGAGAUGUUUUGCUACAGUGCAUUGUUUCAUAUGGUGCCUUGAUUUAUCCAGGUUCCACAAGAGCUUUAUCAAUACAGAAACCCACGUGGGUCCUCUCCAUUUCGGGGUCAAAGUUAUGUGACAUCAUUCCAGAAACAAAAUAUACAUUCCUCAUUUGCACAGUCAGUGUGUUUGUUACAACUUGUUACCAUGCUGCUAUUAUUUGAGAAGAAACCAAUGUUGUGAUCUAAACUGCUGACUGUGUGGUUCAUUACAUCAGGUGAUCAGUGUGGGAUAUCAACUAUCGAGUUGAAUCUGUUGCUUCGAUCAAUUAGCUGUUGUCAAUACUACUAGUAUACCCCUAAUGUGGAACUUUCCGAUGUCUAACGCUACUGUGCAAGUUUGCCUAUCGAGUCGCUGGCUUUGUAAAAAAAAAUAUACUUUUUUGGGGGGGUGGAGGGGGGGACUUGUACGUUGUCAUGUUUAGUGCAAAAUGCUGUCUUCGGGCAGAUAUGGUGUUUCUUGCAUUGGCUUGCUUUCAAAUGGAAAAAUACAAUACUGGUUUUAUAUCAACAUGGAAGGGAAUUACAGAUUUACUUUUUGGCUUGGCCAGAUGCAGCAGCGUACAGUUAAGUUGUAAGCAACAAUCAUUUGUAUAGCUUUACUUAGUUCUGCAAUGUUACUGGUUGUUACCUAGAUGGCAGUCUUUGACCAUAUAAAAGGGAUUCUUAUGCACAAUGAAAUCUUAGAAAAAGCUCUACAUCACAUUUAUGAACCUGUAUUGAUGGCCAUGUUUAGUUUCUGUAUCUUAUGUUUGCACCAGACACUUAUCAAGAUGCAGGCUUGAGUUUUAGGUUUUGUUCAUCAAUUUUAAAAUAAGGCCAAACUAAUAGAUGUAUUUAUUUAUAAUUUGUUAUAUUGUAUGUCUAGUCAUGAUUUUCUGUUGAUAUGAAAUAAGAUGGUGGUUCUUGUAUUUAGCUUUUAUAAAAACUUGUUUUAAGUGACAGAGAAAUGAAAGUGUGAUCGCUGCGGUGGUAUGUAAAUAAAAGCCUCUGACCCUUGA